GUCACCGGCGCCCUUCAGCGCGCUCGGAAGAUGGCGUCUGCUACCCGGGUUAUCCAGCGCCUGCGGAAUUGGGCGUCCGGGCAAGACCUGCAGGCGAAGCUGCAGCUGCGCUACCAGGAGAUCGCCAAGCGCACCCAGCCUCCUCCCAAGCUCCCCGUGGGCCCCAGCCACAAGCUCUCCAACAACUACUACUGCACCCGCGACGGCCGCCGCGAAGCCGUACCCCCCUCCAUCAUCAUGUCCUCUCAGAAGGCGCUGGAGCCAGGCAAGACCUCAGAGAGCGCCCCCGUGGCGGCCACAGAGAAGAAGGCAGUGACUCCGGCUCCUCCCAUGAGGAGGUGGGAGCUGUCCAAGGACCAACCCUACCUGUGACUGACCUCUGGCGGCCGCCGACUGCUUCUCCUGCUUGGAUUUUCUUCAGGGACAAAGUGACCUAAUUUAUGACAAAUACAUGGAGUUCCAAUA